GUAAGUCUCGUUUAGCAUCACUUCCGGUGAUGCAUUUCCGGUGACAAACAUGGCUAUAUCAAUACAAUAUUGGGCUAACUAUACAGCCGAAAAACCGAAAUUAAUGAGAAAGUCCGAGAACGCCGUUAUUAGUAACCACGUUCUUAAGUUCUUAUUUGAUCAAGAGACUAAAACAAUCCAUUCGGUAAUUCAAGCUUCGAUGAGGAACACAUCAUAUAAAGUCACGGCAAACUUAGGAAAUUCUUAUGAAGUCUCAAACACAUCUUGCGAGUGUCCCUUGGGAAAAUAUGAAUGUCAUCAUGUUGCCUCUGCAUUACUCUAUGGAUACAAAUGUGUUAGCAAGACUGACAUUAAGUGUGGAUGGUUGAAGAACACAAAGACUUCAAUUAAAAAAGACAUAAAAACAAUGGAAGAAUAACUGAAUUGUUUCCACCUGCACGCCCGGAUUACUG